AUGAACGGGUACUACCCGCUCGAUCAGUCCGGCUCCGGGGACAACAUGAUGGGCGUGAUGAACCAGGACGACAUGAACCCCAAUAUGGUCGGUGGCCAGUCACUGGACGACAUAGUCAACCAGAACUCCAAGGCCAUGCGGCGUCAAAGCGUCCCCAUGCACUACAGCUCCGGCCGGCCCGCAGAUCUGGAAGGCGACAUGCGGCGCGUGUCCAUGAUGGAGUUCAGUGGCGCUACCCCGGGUCAGUUGGACCAAUUCCAAUUUGAUCCCGCCACAGCCGCACCGAAUAUGGACAGCAUGGUCGGGGACGCCUUUGCACGUCGCAACCACCCCUACCAGCGCCGGCGACCCUCCUCAGGCGACAUCGGCAUAGAUACGCGACUGCAUAAUUCCCAAUCCUACGGUAACAUGGUUCCGCCUGGCUCCUACGCAUCACCUCUUGCCGCCACCUCUGGUCUGGACAUGGGCAUGAAUAGCCCGUAUGUCUCCUCUGGACUGCCUAUGAGCAUGGACAUGACAGACCCGUCGCUUGGCAUGAUGAACCCAGGAGAUACCACGCCGCUGAACAUGUUCUCCCAGGCGCAGUUCGCAUCGCCAAUGAUGGGUUCCCCCAUCGGUCAAGAUUUCACAGAUUCCAUGCAGUCUAUGCCGGACCCUGGGGGGAGUGCACCGCCGGGUAGUAUGGAAAUCAAUGUUGGUUCGGAAACCCCGGGGAUGACGCCGGACAUUCGCCGCCGUAAUAGCCAGGAUCAAAGCACGACUCCAAGCGCCAACUCAAGUCGGCCUCCGAAUGGCAACAUGCCACAGACCCAAUCCGUUGGAGGCCAAAGCUCGGGCACUAACGUCUCCACCCCCUAUGGUGGACCCGAGCGAUCGCAGCCUUUGGCCCAUUCUGGAGGGACCAUGGGACGACCACUGCCGUGGACCACUCCGCCAGGAGGAUUUCCCUCUACCAUGGCAAAUAGGCCCCACAUUGACACCCAAUUCAAAAACGCCUAUUCCUCAAGUGGAUUCGAUAUGCUUGGCGUUCUCAUGCGAGUCGCGACCAGACCGAAACCAGAGAUCAACAUCGGAUCAGUCGACCUGUCUUGCGCUUUCGUCGUUUGCGACGCAGAAAAAGACGACAACCCCAUUGUCUACUGCUCCGAGAAUUUCGAACGAUUGACUGGAUAUACGCGGCACAUGAUCCUUGGGAGAAAUUGUCGGUUCCUGCAGUCCCCGGACGGACAGGUCGAGGCUGGAUGCAAAAGAAAAUAUGUCGAUGACGAUUCUGUGCUCUACCUUAAGAACAUGAUCAACACCCGCAGGGAGGCUCAAAUCAGCUUGAUCAACUAUCGACGCGGAGGCCAGCCUUUCAUGAAUCUGCUGACCAUGAUUCCAAUUACGUGGGACGACAGCGAGAUCAUCAAGUUUUUUGUUGGGUUCCAGGUCGACUUGGUGGAGCAGCCUAAUUCAGUGACGAACAAGAACCCUGAUGGCACAUACAGCAUCAACUACCAGCGUUCGGUUGGUAUGCCGAGGUAUGUCUUCAACACGCCCGAAACGGGUUCCUCAAUGGAGAUGGGUCAGACGAUUCCGCGCGAUGACGUUUCCGCUCUCCUUGACACCCUCGUCAACGGAGAAAACGAGGCCUCAAAGCGUCUGUGGGACAAGGCUCUACUGGAAAACACCGACGACGUCAUUCAUGUCCUUUCGCUCAAGGGACUUUUCCUUUAUCUCUCCCCAUCUGCUGCACGAGUCCUGGAAUACGAGGCUUCCGAGCUUGUCGGCACGGCAUUGUCUUCUGUGUGCCAUCCGUCCGAUAUCGUACCGGUUACAAGAGAACUGAAGGAUACGUCAUCUGGAUCUUCGGUCAAUGUGGUCUUCCGCAUCAGACGCAAGCAUAGCGGUUAUAUGUGGUUCGAAGGCCACGGCUCCCUCCACACAGAACAGGGCAAGGGACGUAAAUGCAUCAUACUCGUAGGUCGGGAGAGACCGGUAUAUGCGCUGAGCAAGCAUGACAUCGAAUCAAAUGGUGGUAUCGGAGACAAUGAACUUUGGACCAAGAUGUCCACGUCGGGAAUGUUCUUGUUCGUGUCAUCCCACGUUAGGUCGCUUCUGGAUCGUCAACCCGAUGAUCUAGUCGGUACAAGCAUUCAGGCACUCAUGAGGCAGGAGUCCAGGCAAGAGUUCUACCGGAUUUUGGAGAUAGCCCGCACCGGCAAGAAGGCUUCAGUUAAGCAUGAGAUGAUGAACAAACGAGGACAAGUCCUCCAGGCGUUCACCACCAUCUAUCCUGGAGAUGCUGUCGAAGGCCAAAAACCAACAUUCGUAAUAGCUCAGACCAGAUUACUGAAGUUCUCUCGCGGCUCAGCCAAUGCAAACAACCGACCAAACAUCUAUCCCAAACACGAUUCUGGAAGCUCGAUAGCGACCACAACUGGGUCAACUCCCACGCACAACACACAGGGUACCGGAUCUGUGCAGACGCCCGGCAGCUUGGCCCACGGUCUGCCGCCCAGCCAGUUUAUCAGCACGGACGGCUCUGCUCUCACUAUGGCCGGCCAGCACGGUCUGAAGCUUGGUCAUCAAGAUGCAAGCUUGGCGUCUGAAGACAACGUUUUCGAAGAACUGAAGACGACGAGAAGUACGAGCUGGCAAUAUGAGUUACGGCAAAUGGAAAAGCGGAACCGGCUGUUGGCAGAAGAGGUUCAAAGCCUCCUAGCUGCCAAGAAGAAGAGAAAGAGGAGAAAGGGAGCGGGUCAGAUGCAGAAGGAUUGUGCCAAUUGCCACACGAGAGUGACGCCGGAAUGGCGGAGAGGGCCUAGCGGCAACAGGGAUCUUUGUAACAGCUGCGGCCUUCGAUGGGCCAAGCAGAACGGCCGCGUCUCGCCGCGAACAACGUCCCAGCAUUCGGUGCACUCAGCGGGCAGUGACAAGGCUAGCAAGACCAGCGCGUCACCGCUUGCCCACUCGCAGACGGUCAACAACAACGAAGGUGGCACGAGUACGAUCGACCAGCAUUCAAGCACGCCCGACGCCAACCCCUCCAAAGUACCCAAAACGGAUUCCGCGGCUUCGCAAGGCCUCGGUCCUGCGGCUGCGGGAGCUAGCAUACCCCCGAAAAUCGACGAGGCUGCCGAUGAGCCCGACUGA